ACAUGGCGUACAUUUGUAGACAAUUACAGAGAAUCAUACCCAAAAGUUCCAAACAUGGUGCAGCUACAUGUAGUUUUAGACUAUAUUCAACAUCUUAUGAAAAUGAUGAAGAUAGAAAGAAGGGGAGAUUCAGCAUAGCAAAGCACAUAAUUAAUUUCUCAUUUUUAAAUUUUAUCUCUUCACUUGAACCCUUUGAUAGUUAUGUCCAUAGGAGGCAGAGGAAAAACUUUAAAGAGCAAGAAGGGUUUGAUCAUAUGAGAUAUGCAGUAUUAGGAAGUGAUCUAGCUACAGCACAAUUUGUAAUUGCUCGAGGUGGUGCAGUGAAGUUUGUAGAUGAUGAGACAUGGCACGAUAACCAGACAGGAAUGGUACCGAAUCAUAAAGUAGAAGGACUUAAUCUGGAAGCAGUUGAUAUAUCUCAGACACAGUUAUCAAGUGUUGCUUUAGAUAAUUUUAUUGAGCUGGAUCAUUUAAGAUAUUUAAAUGCAAGUGAUUGUGAAUAUGUUGAUGAUUGGUUUUUAGCUAAAUUAUAUCUAUUAGAGAAUACUCUAGAAUUUCUAGAUGUAAGUGGUUGUCAUAAUGUUAGUGAAAGAGGAUUGUUAAGUCUACACCAUUUAAAAAAGUUACAAGGACUAAGACUAGAUAAUAUGGAACAUAUCAAGGAAUUAGAGUUAACUGUGGUCUUAUUACAGGAAUAUUUCCCUAAUCUUGUUGUCUUAGGCUUGGACAAAGAUACACCCAAAUCUAUUGACUCUUGAUUCUUAACUCUUCAAAUCAAACAAUAGUGAAGGCUUAAAAAGUGUCUAGCUGUGAUAUUUUGGUUUUGGACACAUUUGUGAUUGAAAUUGAAGAUGUUUUUUUUUGCAAGUGAAAAGCCAUAAGAAGUUAGAUAAUAUCAAGUUAUAUAUAUUUGAUCCUAAAAAAUAUUGUGGACUGACAUGGAAAAAAGUGUCUACUCGUAAUAUUGAAAGUACAACCAGUCGUUAAAUCGUCAAAUAUUGUGGAUUAGUUAAGUUAGGACAUGCCCUCUUUAAGGCUUAUCAGACAGCCACUCGGAAAGUUUGUAUUGAAUAAAAUUAAAUUAUC